AUGUCAAAACCGAAAAUCGAUGGUGAUGGUUUUCAAAUAGUAACUUCCAAGCGCUUUUCCAAAAAUAAACCCACAAAAAUACCUUCCAGAAGCUAUAAACUUGAACAACAAGACAUACUGAUCGACUCGGAUAAAACAUUGAGGAAAAUACAAGCUGCUUUCAACGAUUUGAAGUAUUCAGAGUAUUUAAAAGGCAUCUUGAAGGCAGUGAGUACUAUACUUCAAUCAAAAAAAGUUGUAGAAAUAGUUUGUUUCGGUCUUGGACAUAUAGGAGAGUGCCAGAUUUCUAGAUAUCAGUUAGCCUUUUUACUGUGUUUGAAAGAUAUUUGCGGCCCUGAAAAAGUGUCAGUCCACGACCCUAUAUUUUACAAAACUGAAUGCGAAGUGCUAAGACAGUUAGGGCUUUAUGUUAUUAAAGAAAAUAAGGAGGGACGUUACAUAAUUUCUGAACAAGGAGUAACUAUAGUGUAUCUCCCGCAUUGUCCAAAACAAUUGACAAACAACUUCCUUUGGAGCAAUUGGAGUAAAAACUUAGCAAAUUGUGUACUUAUUUGCAACAGUUUCUCAUCUUUAAUAGAAAAUCAGCCAGGUAGAAUUUUAUGUGGAACUGUUCCAUACAUUGUUGAAAUUUUUCCUUAUACAACAGAAACAGUAUUGGAAAAUAACUUCAAAUUCACUGACAUAUUUAAUGAUACGUCAGUACAUUAUUUUACUAAACAAAGUUUAGAGAAUUGCCCUCCUGAAUUUUGGAUAAAAAGAGAUAAACCCCAGUACAAAAACUCUGAAGAAUUCAUAACUUCAUUAAUGAUAGAGAAAUUGAGCAUUUAAUUCUUGUUGAAGGUUUCAACCAUGACUUUAAUUAAGUCAAAACCAGCUCUCGUAACUCUACGAGGACUACUUUCCGAGAUACGUAAGCACAGUUCUUCAAAAGUGCUAAAA